CCAAUUUUAAAAAGUUCAAGGCUCCAACCUAAAUUCGUAGGAGAUAUAAAAGCAUUCCCGUAGUACUCGAAACCCAAAAUAUCUGAACCUCGAAGAGAGAAUCACGUUGUGCUGCUAGGGUUUUUUCCGGUACGUGCUUCAUCGCCUCCGAUCUCUUCGUUUCCUGGCAAGCAAUGUCUCGUGUAUAUGUUGGGAAUUUGGAUCCGAGGGUCUCUGAGCGCGAGCUUGAAGAUGAAUUUCGUGUGUUUGGAGUUAUUCGAAGUGUAUGGGUUGCACGAAGACCCCCAGGUUAUGCCUUCAUAGAUUUCGACGACCCCAGAGAUGCACGGGAUGCAAUUCAUGAAUUAGAUGGGAAGAAUGGCUGGAGAGUUGAACUUUCUCACAAUUCUAGAGGUGGUGGAGGUGGCCGUGGAGGAGGGGGUCGUGGUCGUUCCGGUGGAUCUGAUUUGAAAUGCUAUGAGUGUGGUGAGCCUGGGCAUUUUGCUCGUGAAUGCCGUUUACGUGGUGGUGGUGGUGGUGGUGGCGGUGGUGGUGGCGGCGGUGCUGGAAGAAGACGUAGCCGCAGUCCCCGAUACCGCCGGAGUCCAAGUUAUGGUCGCAGGAGUUACAGUCCCCGUGGAAGAUCUCCAAGACGUCGCAGUGUGUCACCUCGUGGGCGUAGCUUUAGUAGAUCACCUCCAUACCGUGGUAGAGAGGAGAUACCUUAUGCCAACGGAAAUGGCAUAAAGGACCGGCGCCGGAGCAGGAGCUGAAGACUGCCAACUUCUCAACCUGCCUUAGUUAACACAUGAUGUUUAGAGGAUUACUCCGGGUCUAUAUGUUUUUAGUGCUUGGACUUCGUAUGGGACCUUUUUAAAAUCGGGCGACGCCCUCAGCCUCUACUUUUGAGUUUGGAUAAGUCCUUUCUAUCUUCUGUUUGAAUUGUUUUUCUUUUAGUUGAUCAGUAUAGUUGUAGGAUACUAAAAUAUCAUUAGCUCAUAUUUAUUUUGAUAGUGUUAUUAAGCAAAUGUCUUGAAGGGCACUGCUAAAGAUGUAUGUUUUUUUUUUCCUUGUUGAGGUGUCGUCUCGUUCUGCCUCACUGCUUUUCUGCUUCUAGUCGUCUGCUUCUGCUUCACUGCUUUUCUGCUUCUGCCCUAUCCUCUGGGAUUUCGUUCUACACUGCCCAGCUCUGGGAUCUUCAAUUUGAAAGGUUGUAGGUCCCAGCCGGCUAUUGAUUGAAUCUCUCUGCGGUUGUCUUGCACGCUCUCAUAUUGUUUAUGGGAUUCCUUUUUAAUUAACUUGAUGAGGCAUGAGGAACGUCAUCAAAUGCUUCUGGCAGGUACAUGAAAAACUGUUCUACAGAAGUUUUGGUUGGGAUUUUUUUUUUUUUUUUUUUUAUAGAAAAUCAGUUUUUCUUAAGGCAUCUGCAUUGCAUUCUUCUCUUCAUAGCAUUUACGUCAUCACAUUAGGAGGAUGUUUUUCCAUAUCAUUUAUUAUCAUUUGAUCUGUUUCUCCCUUGUUGUCUUUUGGUAACAUCAUUGAUCAUUUGAAUCUCGAGAGUUAGCUUCGCUCUACAUGUGAUCGUUUAGGACGUUUGCAUCUCCUUAGGUAUGGUUCUAUUAAUUGAAGGGGUGAUUAAAGCUUUACUAGUCAGUAUCUUGUGAACGGGGAUUUCUUUUGAAAUUUUUAUUUCAAGUCUUAUACAUGUUAAUUUUUUUUCUUGAUUACGACUGCUUGUUUGGUGGGGCGGUUGUGACUGCUUGACGACCACGUUGCCUUUAAGUGACUUGUCUCAAGAUGAGCCAACCUCUACCCAACCAAGUGCUAGUGGGAGUUCUCUUCCGUGCCACUCGACCUCCCAUUUCAAUGAUUCUUUAGAUUAUCAUCGCGUUCGUGUUCAAGUUCUGCACAUCUAGCAGAGACUUGGUUCGUUUCCCCUCUGCUUGAAAGUUCUUCCUAUCUCUCAAGAGAAACAUAAGUGUGUUCCUGUGGGUUUGUCAUCGGAAGUCAUCAUCAUGCCCGCCAGUUUCCCUUCGUCUUAGUAUGCGGAUGCUAGGUCCUUGUCUGCCCUCCUACACAUAACAACUAUGCACGUUCUAUACACACACACACAUAUUAUAUGUAACCAAUCAAGAUUUUGUAAUUUGACUUUUGCUCUUUUUAUCUUUUGCGAAUGUUUUUUAUAAUUGCCAGGCUGGAUCAUCAUUUUAAUUCUAAAGGUUUUUUUUUAUUAGACUAUCCAUAGCUGGAAAUGCAAACCUCUUCUAAUUUUCCUCCCAA